AUGGCUGCUACAACAGAAGGUGAAUUUGCCACAAGGGAUGGCACCAAAUUGUACACGAAGACUUGGAAGCCCGAAUCUGAUGCUACUCAAGCUGUUCUGAUAUUCUUACAUGGGUUUUCUGACCAUAUCAAUGCAUAUUACGACUUGUUUCCCACCUUGAGUUCCUCGCCAUUCAACAUCGCUGUGUACGGCUUCGAUCAAAGAGGAUGGGGACGCUCCUGCAAGAAACCUGCGGACCAUGGACACACCGGACCAACGUCGCUUGUGAUCUCAGACGUCCAUGACUUCGUUCUCCACGUGGCGUCGCUACCGGAAGCACAGGGCAAGCCACUGUUUCUGAUGGGCCACAGUAUGGGUGGCGGAGAAGCACUCACAUAUAUGCUGUCGACCUCUUUGGAUUUCUCAAAUCGACCUCCUAUCUCAGGCCUCCUGCUUGAGUCGCCCUACAUUGAGAUGCAUUCCUCUGGUCAGCCGUCCUUCGCAAAGGUUCAAGCGGGGAAACUGGCUUCCAUGCUACUGCCACGCAUGCAGCUCAAACAGAAGCUAGACGCGACAUACAUGUCUCGUUCGGAGAAAGUGCGUCGAGAUUGGAUUGACGAUCCGCUUUGCCACGAUACCGGCACGUUGGAAGGACUCAAGGGACUCCUGCAAAGAUCAGCAGAUCUCUCACACCUAUCCCACGGUCGGCCGCUACAUGGCUUUACUACAAAGCUCUCUUGCCCAGUUUGGAUCUCAUUCGGCACCGGAGACAGGGUUCUGUCUCACGUUGCUGCUCAGCAGCUGUUCAAUGUCGUGGACGCGCCCAACAAGGAUAAAACGUUAAAAUUAUAUCCCGAUGCAUACCACAAACUCCAUGCCGAGCCUGAUGGAGUGGGUGAACAGUUUGCAAAGGCUGCUGGAGAGUGGAUAUUGGCGCAUGUUGGGAAGCAGGCGGAAGAGGCUCAGGUUGGUGAACCCCAAUCCGGUCAGAAGGCAGCCAGCGGCUCAUAA